CCACUAAAAACUAGGAGGGAAGUGAAAUGGCAGUGCGUUGUAAGACGUAUUGACUGAGCGUGGAUGUAAUCACCUGCAGUUAAGCAGGAGGAAAGCCCACAUGGGAAGCAGGAAGUGCUCGGGCUUCCUGGAUUAUGACAUGCAGAUGCAGCGCUCCCUUAGAUACUGCGUUACAAGCCGUGACGUGCUCUGGAGAUGAUGGCAACUUGCUGUGAAUAGAAGAGGGGAGGGGAUUAAGUGCCAGAGCGGCUGAGAGAGCCGUGAGAGCUUUGCGGAACACAGGGAGAUGGAGUGAGAAGGAGAACGUGCCUUCACCAGACAGUCAAUAGAAACCGUCCUGAGAAGGAGGAGUGGAGUCUGGGGAAUGUUAUUUCUUACUCAAGAUUUGAGGAUUUAGAAUGCUGCUUAUCUAGAGCAAAUAUGGCCUCUGCUGGUAAAGUGUGCCAUCACACCAUGGUGGCAGGCAAUUCAAGUCCCGGAGAAUUGUCCCUGGAGCCUUUAAUACUGUGCAAAUUGUGUCUUUGUGAACAUCCCAUUGAUAAGAUGACCUCCCUACAGGCAUGCAGUUGUAUUUUUUGCACAUUGUGUCUCAAACAGUAUACUCAGUUUUCUAUCCGGGAAGGCUUUGGAUCCACAAUCACUUGUCCAGACACGGCUUGCACAAGCAAGGGUAUCCUUCAGGAAGCAGAGAUUUCUGCUUUGGUACCUGUUGAACAGCUACAAUUGUAUCAGAGGUUAAAACUUGAGAGAGAGGUGCAUUUGGACCCCUGCAAGACAUGGUGCCCUACUGUCGAUUGUCAUACUGUAUGCCAAGUAGAAACUGGUGAUUCUGGUCUGCCUGUACCAGUGGACUGUUCAGCUUGCCGCCUUAAAUUUUGUUCUGUUUGCAAAAACAUUUGGCAUCCUGGACAAUCAUGCCAAGGAAAUCUGCCCAUCAUUCCUCCCGAGAAAGGAAUCCUUCUUACUACGGAUGUAGAUGCUUGUAUCAAGCAGUGCCCCGUCUGCCGGAUAUAUAUAGAGAGAAAUGAAGGAUGUGCACAAAUGAUGUGCAAGAACUGCAGACAUACAUUUUGCUGGUACUGCUUGCAAAACCUUGACAAUGAUAUUUUUCUUCGCCAUUAUGACAAAGGACCAUGCAGAAAUAAGCUGGGACACUCAAGAGCUUCUGUGAUGUGGAACAGAACACAGGUUGUGGGGAUCCUUGUGGGCUUGGGGAUCCUUGCGGUUGUUACAUCUCCAUUGCUGCUUCUGGCAUCACCUUGCAUUAUCUGCUGUGUGUGUAAAUCUUGUAGAGGCAAGAAGAAAAAAAAUGGCCCACCUCCCACAGCCUAGCGCGGACACACACCAUCUUGGCUUUGGCUCGCAAAUGUAUGGAUAAAGUACUGAUUCACUCAAACACAUUCCUGUAUUUUAUUCAUUCACCUUCAGUUUUGUGGGAGGAAUGACUGGAUAAAUGCAAAAUAUGAUUUAAGUAGGGUUCUUGCCAGUUACAGGAUCCAGCCUACUUUUUGUAUGAGUGUUCUGUGAGACAUUUAUGAUUGAGGGGACUUUGCUCUUCACAGAACUUUUUGUGACAGCCACAGAUCUAUGCAAUUUCCAUACAUUCAUCAUGUGGGGAAAUACACAUUUUUUGCUUUUCAUGGUGCAGAACUGGAGGAUAGAGCCAAGGAAACGCUUCCCCCAAGACAUAAAAGUGCACCUUGCACCUUAAGCUCCAUCAGUAAAUAUGUAUAUAGAAAAUUGUGUAUCAUUUUUGUAAAUAUGCUCCUAUAUUGCCUUGUGUUAAAAUACUGUUUUUUAACCCA